UUUUUUUUAAAGAAAUAGUAAUAAAAUAUUAAAAGAGAAAAAAUUGAUUUCGUAAUGGAUGAAGUUAAUAAAACAAAAUUAUCCUAUAAUAUAACGCCAAUCACUGAUAAUUAUGUACCAGCAAUAAUAAGUUUAUUAAAAAAUAGUUUUUUUCUCGAUGAACCUUUGAAUAAAAGCAUUGGUUUAACCGAAGAAAUCCGAUCAGUGAUACAACUUGAGGAAUAUUGCAAAACUUAUUUACUAACCGGAAUAUCAUUUAUGGCGGUAUCUGAUAACAACGAAAUAAUUGGGGUCAUUUUAAAUAACAUCAUGUGCAGGGAUGAUAUAACGGAAAAUGAAGUUGAGGUCUUUGAUGAAAGUUUACAAUUUAAUAAGAUCCUUAUUAUUUUGGACAAGGUUCAACGAGAAGCCAAUGUAUUUGGUCAAUAUCCAAAUGCGAACCGUAUAAUGGACUUGAAAAUUAUAACGGUAGAUAAAGCGUAUAGAGGACAAGGCAUUUGCAAAGCUCUCGUCAAUAAAACCCGGGAAUUGGCGUUGGAAUUAGAAUGUCAAAUAAUUUACGUGGAAUGCUCAAGCCAUUUUACAGCAAAAACUGCUGAAAAAUUAGGAUUUAAGUGUAUAUAUUCACUGUCUUAUUUGGACUACGUGAAUGAACAAGGUGAAGUGAUAUUUAAUACACAGUCUCCACAUCGACAUUUUAAAGUAUAUGCAUUGCAGCUUUAAAUCAUUCAAACAUUAUUAGAUGAAUAAAUAUUUUUAAAGUACAUAACUGUAUUAAAUUAUUAAUAUUUUAUUGUGUAAUUAAUUAAAAAUAUAAUGUGAACAUUAUAUAAUAUUUUCUUCAAAUGAUUUCGAUUUUUCUUA